CAAAGGUGUAGCUAGCUAGACAGUAGGGUUGAGUUCAUGACGGGCUUCUGUCAUCCAGAAUAACGCAACAAUUUAGCUUAAUUUACUCAUCACCCUGGUUUUCUUAUGACAUCCUUCAAACCCUGCGACCGUAUCGCAUUAUGUUUGAGGAUCCUGAACUCCAAGAUCCCUUGUCACUGAGUCUAAAUGAAAACUAUGAUGACCAGAAUUCGCCACGUCAUGAUUCAAAGAGAUCACCAGCAAGCCCUGACUAUAGUUGUGAGACACCAGAGAUUCGAGUAAUCAUCAAAGAGGAAGAGGAAGGCUGGAUUGCUAGUGAAAGUCAGGAGAGCUUCAGCUCAGAGGGAGAAAAAGAGGAUAAUUGCACAAGCACUUGUCAUCCCGACCUCAAAGCAUGUGGGAAGGAGAGCUCCAUUUCAUACGGAGUAAAGAGACUGCAGAGUGUAUUUCCGGGGGAUAAAUGUUCGGAGGAGUCUGGAGGCCACGAUUUCUAUGGACAGAGAGACAUGCUCAUGGACUCUGAAGAGAAACCUAAGAUUUCCCGUCUACGUGGAAAAGCGCCGGCAAAUGUGAUUGUGCAUCAGUGCAAUAACCCAGGAGAGAAACCCUUUUCCUGCUCAGUACAGGAGGCGACCCCCAGUCCCAAAAGCAACAUGAAAUCCCAUCAGAGAGCACAUGCAGUGGAUGAGUGUCAUGCUAAAGACCAGAGCCUCGACGUAAAACAAAGCACAUCUUUGACAACAGAAGCAGAAGACACCAAAAGACCAGCACCUUGCCAAACAGAUUCUCCAGAACAUAAGCCUGUGAUGUCACAUGAACUCAAGAUGGCGUCUGCAAACUUAGAGGACCAAACGCUCCAUUUGACUGUCCGACUGCAGGCAGGAGAGGACGAGGAGGAAGAAGCAGAGGAACGGGAUGAAGAAAUUGGUGGUUUAAUCAACUCUGAUGGAGAAGUGGUUGAAUGGGAUGCCAGACACAGUCCUGACCAAGGCUCUGAUUGCACAGAAAGUUUUCCGCCUACCAAGGGUGUCGUCCUGUCUGAGUCUCAGCUGCAAGGCCAAAACCAGAGAGACCGCAGUAGUCCAACGCUCAUCAUGGAAGUUGUGUCUGUGGGGGAAGAUGAAGAAAGGGAAGAAGGGGAGGAAAAAGAAAGAGUAGUAAAAAUGGCAGCCGUCUCGCCCUUAUAUCGUGGAAAGAGACAAAGAAGAAAGAAGAAGGUUCCAGAAAUAACAGUGGUGUCAUUGGACGUCUCAGACGCAGAGAAGGAAGCUCCUGCAAAUCCUGUAAAAAGAAGGGGCAGAAGAAAGAUUUCAAAACCUCCACUGUUGUCUGUUGAAGACCUAGAGGCAGAGCCAGGAAUAUCAAGGCGCACCCGAAGAAAGAGAAAUGUCCCUACCUACGUGGAAUUCGAAGAAUCCAACUCAAAAGCGGUCCACCGUGUUGCUGCAAAGCGACCUCACAGAAGAAGGAAGGAUACCAAACUAUCUGCUGAAGGAGAAGGAGGAAACGCACGGGUGUCUGCUGUGAAGAAACGCCCUGGCAGAAAGAUGGUUCAUGUUCCAAUAGAAAUACCUCCUGAGCUCCUGAAGAAGCCCAAAGAGAAGAUGGAGUACCACUGUUCAGUGUGUAGCAAAGAAUUCCCUCAUGCCUACAAACUUGAGAGGCACGAGCUGAUCCACACAGGAGAGAAACCUUACUGCUGCUCCAUCUGUGGUCGGGGUUUCAACCAGAAGGGAAAUCUCAAAACGCACUACAAAGUCCACUUAGGUCGCAAGGGUGCUGUGGAUUUCGACGAUGAGGUGAAUCCCAUAGCAUCAGAGCUCACCGAAUAUUUAAAGUCUCUGCCGGGUGAGUCCAGGAUCAGAUCGUCCCUCCGUUGCCUGGAAUGUGGAAACGAAUGUGAGAGUCAGUCAGCUUUACAAGCACACCACAAUACCACACACACAGGAUCAGCGGGUGAAUCCGACGCCGUCGAGCAAAGCUCAUCACAGCUCCUCUUCUGCCGCCGCUGUGGCGUCCAGUUCAACGACAAAGAAAAGCUGGAAGAACAUAUGAAAACCCACAUCAAGGAGAAGCGCUACUCGUGUCCCGACUGUGGCAAGAGGUUCAUCAACGAAAGCUACAUACAAAUCCACCAGCGCAUCCACACAGGGGAGAAGCCUUUCCUGUGCUCCCAGUGCGGCAGAGGAUUCCACACGGCUUCCUCUCUCAAGCUGCAUGAGAUGCAGCACUCCGGGGAGAGGCCGUUCGCAUGUUCCAUCUGUGGGAAGACGUUUCGGAUAAACUCGUACCUAACCGCACAUUACCAGACCCAUAUCAAAGAAAGACCUUUUAUUUGUAGUGUCUGUGGGAAAGGCUACUCUAGAGCUGAGGAACUGAAGGUGCACCACAGGCUCCACACCGGAGAAAGACCCUACGAGUGCGGAGAGUGCGGGAAGAGCUUCAUUUACCGCCAGGGCCUGCGGCAGCAUCAGCGCACACAUUCUGGAAAACGCAUCGGCCCAACCAGACAGCUCGGUAGGCCAAAGCAACAGGCCAGGCUGGACAUCUAAACAGUGGAUAGAAUUUUUUUUGUUGUUGUUAACUGUGUUUGAAGAUAUUACAGUAAAUUGCGCUUCUUUCCUGUUCUUCUUCCUUCCAUUCCUCCUACCUACAGCAGAGACAAUUACUGUGUCUAAAAAUACGCGCUACAGAGUUGGCGUGGGUUGCCAAGAAAAAAAUUUGGAAGCUUACUGUGUUGUCCUUCUCGUCAUCAUGUUUUGUACCCAUUUUUUAUGUUUACUCUUCUCUAGUAGCCCAUCUGUACAAUUUGAGUGCCUUUGUAUCCUGCAUGCCAAAUACUAAUACGUAAUGUUAAAAUUAUGCACAAUAUCCUUGUUAUUUUAAAAACCAUGUCGAUGCAAUACAGAAUUUUUUUUCAGAAA